UUGAAUGGCGAUGCAGGCUCGAAGGGCUGAAUGGCCUCCUCCUGCACCUAUUUUCUAUGUUUCUAUGUUGAUACAAAGAGUAGGGCCUUUGUGACUUCACUGUGUAAGCCCAUGGAACAUGCAUUGUGUCAUCAUCUCCUUAACAACAGAUCACUUGGGCUAAAUUGUUUUCUUUCAUUUUUUGUGCCGGAACCCAGGGCUCCGAGGCGUGGCGAGGACAAUGUGUUUGUCCACCGGUACCUGAGGGGGCUGCGGCAAUGGCUGUUCCUCGCGAAGCGCUGGCCAAGGAGUUGUCGUGCCCCGUGUGCCUGGAGCUGUUCACCCCUCCCAUUCUGGAGCUGCCCUGUGGCCACAACUACUGCAAGCAGUGCAUUGAGGCCACGCUCUUCUCUCAGAACUGUACCCACGUGAACGGUCACUUCUACUGCCCCAUGUGCAGAAAAAUUACCUACCUGUCAAAGGUAGGUAUGGGACCUGUUGAGAACGAGGCUAAUGAAUUAAUAACGAGAGACACAGAAAUGGCAGAUAUGCUCACCUACCUGCGAGGAAGGGGCAUCGCCAUCCUAAAGCGGAACAUCUUUGCGGAGAACGUGCUGGAGAAGUUCAAGCAGGAGUUGGAGAUGAUUUGCAACAAGGAGCACAGCCAGCAGAUGUGUGAGAAGCACGACGAGGAACUUGUCAACCUGAUGUGUCUGCAAGAUGACAUGCCCAUCUGCAGCAUUUGCAAACUGUUCGGAGACCACCAGUGUCACGAUGUCGCCAAGCUUGCAGACAUUUACCAGGAGAGGAAGAUGUGUUUCACUGAUACCAUGAAGUCUCUGAACACCAGGAAUGAGAGUGUUUCGGGAACCAUCCAGCAGGAAAUUGAGAAGCAGAUAAACGAUACGGUGACUUCCUGCAAGGACGCCAAGACCAUGAUAGACGUGGUGGGGGCCACUCUGAUGCGACACCUGAGGUCCAAGAUCAACGCCCUCAAGGUGGAGGUGGACGGUGAGAGGGUCCAGAAGAUCGAGAAGCUGCAGGAGAUGCUGGCCACUCUCCACCGGCCCUCCCAGCUCUACCUGCAGAUGAAACGGCUGCUGGACACCCACCUGAACACCGCCCACUUCCUGAAGGAGGAGAAGCCGCUGCGGGCGGAGGCGGGGAGGAUCGCCCAGGAGCCCCCUCUCCAGACUCCGGAGGAAGGCUGCAUCUCCGUGGCCCGCUACUUCAAGGAGCUGGUCAAGGGCAUCGACAUGAAAGACUUCAGCUUCUCGGGAAUGAACCGCAUCCAGCUGAACAGCGGGGAGGAGAUCGGGACCUGGGUGUCUGCCUGCUCCACCCUCAGCGCCUCUCCGGCCGAUGAGCUGGACCAGGUCAUUCACCAAAUCAUGUACAACCUGGGCUUCAAGAGCAGCUGGACCGACGAGUACGAGGAAUACGAAUCCUUCCUUGCAACCACAAGCGCAUCGCACUGCAUCAACGGGCCGCAGGAGAUGGACGGGAUGCCGAUGGAGAGGACCGACUUGUAACCAAAUCUGCAGCAUGUGUAUCUUUUAUGACUAAUAAAUACCAUGUGUAUUAUUGUGAAGAUUGCAGAUUCUUUGCGUGAUUUCCUACUUGUGGUACCUUCUUUCCUACCAGCGGUUGACCAAUUGCUCGUGUAACAUUUGGGUUCCUGCAGAAGUUAGGAAUCCCCUAUUUUUCUAUAAUUGUCCAAAAUCAUGCACCACCCCGAAUGCAUAUUGAGAAUCAGGGUAAAUAUUUACUUUUAGAUCUUCCCCAAUAAUACAAGCCUGAAUUAAAGCCAGAUUCCAUCCUGCCCGAGGGUGCUGUCUGUACGGAGUUUGUACGUUCUCCCUGGUUUUCUCCGGGGCUCCAGUUUCCUCCCACAGUCGAAGGUGUACAGGUUUAUAGGUUAAUUUGACUUCGGUAAAAAAUGUAAAUUGCCCCUGUUUUUUGUAUUUUAACCAUAACAUCCCUGUUUUGCUAUUCUAGCCCUUUUGAAAUAAAUGCUAGCGUUGAGUUUGCUUUCUUUACUAUCGAUUCGACUUGCAGAUCAACUUUUUUGGAAUCCUGCACCAGCACUCCCAAGUCCUCUAGCACCUCCGAUUUCUGGAUUAUCUCCCUAUUUAGAAAAUAGUCUACGCCUUUAUUCCUAGGACCAAAAUGCAUGACUCCACACUUUGCUACACUAUAUUCCAUCUGCCACUUUUCUGCCCACUCUCACAAUACGAGAACAUUCCACCUUUCAUUUGUUUUGUAGCCAAGACUGAACAAAUUAAGACUUCUGUCAUCAAAUAAAAUCUGCUGUGUUGAUUCUCUAUCGCUGUUCCUGUUAAUAAGCUUCAGCGGCAAUUUAUAACUUAACACAUAUGCUCUGCCUGUGUUUAUUCUGCAGCUAUCCAAAGGCUACACAGAUAACAAAGACUGUGCCAAUUAAGAAUGCAAAUUGCAAUGGGAAUUUCUGUUCAAUUAUUCUUCCCGAGACAUAGAAUGAUGACAGCAUCAAUGUAAACGUCUCAAGAGCAAUAAUUUGCAUUUGCAUUGCAUGUUCAAUAUAGUACAACAUGCCAAAGUACUUUAGUUUACAGUGCGGAAACAGGCCCUUUGGCCCACCGAGUCCGCACCGACCAUCGAUCCACGCACAUUAACACUAUCCUACACACACUCGGGGCAAUUUACACUUAUUUUGUACUAAACCAAUUAACCAACAAACCUAUACGUCUUUGGAGUGUGGGAGGA